GGGGACUGUAUAUACCCCGGACUUGGCAGAGUUACGGGCAAGGCUUGUCGAGGCACUGGACCACUUCACGAGAGACGAUAUCGGGGCGUUCGUCGACGACCUGCUAGCUCACUUCAGCGAGCUCCGCAUCAGGAACGACCAUGUCGAGCCCCAUGGCAACCCCGCAGUCCCGCUCGAAAGAAAGCUUCCCGGCGCUGCCCUAUCCAUAUCGAUUCCUCUUUGUUGGGCUCGAGCCGGCAUCCCUCUUCCUCCCGUUCUUCUUAGCGCUGCUCUAUCCCUCAUGGUUCCAACACCAGCUCAUUCCGAGUAGUGAACCUGCGGCCCCGCUCGGGCCUCGGGAGGUGAUGGCAAUUUGGCAGUUGGGCAAUUGCUAUGGCUUACUGGGGCUGAUUAGUUCCUUUGUAUUCCGAGCAAUAAGGGAUACGCUGAAAGACAAUCCCUGGGCACAAGAGCGGAUCAUCGCAGCUAGCUUGACAGCCCUUGCCAUUGCAGAUAUCACUCACAUUUUACUUACCCUGCUUGCCCUGCCACCGAAACUGCGGUUCAAUAUCGUAGAAUGGAACGCGAUGACCUGGGGGAAUAUCCCUACCGUUGUGGUUCUGUUUGUUGGGCGGAUGGCUUGGUUUGCUGGCGUCGGGCGGACAUCAUUCCUGAAACAGAAGGUCCCAUAAUCGCAUAAUCACGUAUUACGAUACAUUAUCAGAGCCAUGCAUUAUCAA